AUGUCCCGUGGGCGGUCGUCCCCGGUACGCAAGCCUGUGCGUUUCAAGAAGGAACCCUUCUUCGACGUCCUCGCCACACUCGCCGAGCCGAAGGGCCUGAGGGACUCCGGGCGCGAAGGAUGGCAACAUGCGUACAUUCCUUUCCAGUUCGAGACUCGGCACGUGCACGUUAUUCGCUCGUCGCAAACGGGCAAAGCGGAGUCGAGCCCGGCGGGCAACGUGCAAGUGCACCUUCGGUUCUGCUUGUUGGAUGUGAACGGCGAGCAGGACGACAGCUACCCUUCCGACCUGGCCGUGAAGGUCAACGAUCGGUUCUUUACGCUGCCGGAGCCGAUUACCUCCAAGGUCUCCGGCGGAGCGACUGAACGGGUGCAGCUGCCGAUCAACAUCAUCUCCUCGUGUUUCGUGAGCCCAGCCGUGGUUAACGAGCUGCGUGUUACCUGGCGUCCCGUACGUGGCCACGAAUUCGCCGUCGGUCUGUUCCUGGUUAAGAGGCGCACGGUGGCGACGAUUGUGAGCGGGCUGCAGCGGGAAAAGACACAGCGCGCGGCUCUGACGACAGCCAUGGUCAAGAAAAAGGUGAAGCGCCGAGCGAGUAGCGACGAAGUCGCUGUAACGAAGCUCCACGUAUCGCUCACGUGCCCCCUGAGCCGGACGCGGAUGAAAGUGCCGUGUCGCGCACGAUCGUGCAAUCACUUGGAAUGCUUCGACGCGUCCAGCUACCUGAAGGUCAACGAGCGGAGGCCUUCGUGGAUUUGUCCCGUGUGCGGUAAGCGGGCUGACCUAUCGUCGUUGGUCAUCGACCAGUUGUUCGUGGACGUCAUCGCAAAUGUUCCCGGCGACUGCAACGGCAUCGUUUUCCACGAGGACGGGUCCUGGACUCCGUUUACGUCGCUCAGGGACCGCGAUAACAACAAAGCCACGAAUUCCACGUUGCCAUCUUCGUCUACUGAUUGCGGUUCGACGCCGGCGUCGGGGUGCUCGUACAGCGAUCAAGUCGGGCGGCCCAGCAAGCGGCCUAGGAUGGAGGUCAUUGACCUGACCAACUGCAACAGCGGUGACGAGGACAGCGAUGCUAACGCUAGUCUGCGUCGAAUCUAG